UAAUAGCUUCUCCCUACUGAACAAAGCUUUCAUGACGUGCUAUUCUCACGAAUGCGCGGUACACCUGAAAGAAAGGAGGGAAAACAGACUCACGAUGAGUAACCAAAUAAGAGCAGCAGAGUUUCUGAGAAAGGCGGCAGAGGCAUUAGACGCUGAAAUAUCUGCUACAACUACCACUACAUCAUGUAGUACAGUUACAGCUCCAUCUACGAUUGGAUCUGCAAUAAGGAGUAUUUUUACCCCUUAUAAUCGGUCAAAUUACAGGCCAGCAAAUCCUAGAAACAGGACUAGAAGGGAACCGAUAUCAUACUGGUCCCACAGAUUCUGUUUGUUGGCGAGUUCAAAACAGAUCACAGCACCUACAAGAGAAGAAAAGCAGGAGUUAUAUGAUGCUGGCCUUGGUGAAAAGAAAAUAACUUUUAUAAAAGAUAGCUACCCAGAGAGUUUUAAAGCAAAACUUGAAGAAGUGUACCCCAAUUUGAUAGGCUGUGGUGGCUUUGAAUUGCUGCGAUCAAACUGUGGAAGUCGUGUAUCAUUGGAAGUUUUAAAAAUGCCUUCCACAGGGUUUACGUCCAUUUAUUUGGCCAAUGAAAGUAAUUUGGGUCAAGCCCUAUGCUAUAUAAGGCCAAUACAGAAAGAUCUUGAACUGCAUAUAGGAAGUACACAGGAACACUCGGAGCCUACAGAAUCUGAUGUAACAGAACAGUGUAUUGAUUGCAAUCAAAUGAUACCUUUGUCUUCACUGAGAAGCCACAAGGAAAUUUGUAACAGGACACAAGUACAUUUUUCAUAA